GUUCGUCUUGGUAAGUCGAAAUGGAAGGGGUCCAACAAGCGAGUCGACGGAUUUGUCGACUGGUCAGUUGGCGGAUAUCCUUGCUUCGUUUCAGUAUACUAUUCACGAUGGCUGCGACAGGUAGUAAUGGUACUGUCGAUUUACUGGAGAAACUCUUGCAGAUCUUUAAAGAGGAACGAGUGUUCGAUCGAUCUGGCGAUCAACCCGUCGUGCAAUUUGUUCAACCCAAAGAUUUGCAGGAAAAGAUUUCAUGCUCUUUGAAUGAUAAACCAGCGAGCGAUGAGCAAAUCGAAGCGGUAAUACGACAAGCCAUACGAUAUUCUGUGAAGACGUCCAGUCCUCAUUUUCAUAAUCAGCUAUAUGCUGGCGUUGAUGAAUUCGGACUGGCUGGCUCCUGGUUAACGGAAACCUUGAACACUAGCCAGUACACCUACGAAGUCGCCCCCGUAUUUACUUUAAUGGAGCGAGAAGUGAUACGAAUGUCAUUGACACUGGUAGACUACCCGCUGAUGCCGGAUGCCGAUGGUAUAAUGAGUCCGGGUGGCACCAUAUCAAACAUGUAUGGAAUGGUGCUGGCCAGAUACAAAAAAGCGCCAGAAGUAAAGAAAAAAGGAGUUAACCAUUUACCACCGCUAGUGUGUUUUACGAGCGAGGAUGGUCAUUAUUCGAUUAUAAAAGCAGCUCACUGGUUGGGUUUGGGCACCGACAAUGUUUACAAGGUGAAAACGGACGAGCUUGGUCGCAUGAAACCGGAUGAUCUAAAGAGACUCAUAGCGAAAGCGAGGGCUGCGGGAUGCACACCGUUCUUUGUGAACGCUACCGCUGGCACUACAGUGCUCGGAGCUAUCGAUCCUUUGCCAGAAAUUGCCAGAAUUUGUCAGGAUGAAGGCCUCUGGCUACACGUUGAUGCUUGUCUCGGCGGUACUCUGCUGCUCUCGAAGAAGUAUCGGCCUCUGCUGCAAGGCAUCGAAUUAUCAGACUCGGUGGCAUGGAAUCCGCACAAGAUGCUCGGAGCACCGUUGCAGUGCUCCUUGUUUCUAGUUAAAGGCAAGAAUGCGUUGCACAACGCAAACAACGCCAGUGCAACUUACCUUUUUCAGCAGGACAAAUUUUAUGACGUCAGUUGGGAUACGGGAGAUAAGAGCGUGCAGUGCGGCAGAAAGGUCGACGCAAUGAAAUUUUGGUUAAUGUGGAAAGCUCGCGGCACGAGUGGUUUUCGGCAAUCAGUGGACCACGCGAUGUCCUGCGCGGAUUAUUUUCUAAAACGAAUCAAGGAAACCACUGGCUUCCGAUUGGUGCUGCCUGCUUAUCAGUGUUGCAACGUUUGUUUCUGGUACAUACCUCCGAGUAUGCGCGAAAAGGAAGAGAAUGAAGACUGGUGGCACAAAUUGUACGUGAUCACAACUACGAUAAAGAAACGUUUGACGUUGGAAGGAUCUCUUUUGAUCGGCUACACGCCUUUGCCGCAGAAGAACAUUGGCAAUUUCUUUCGCAUGGUCGUGAACUGCCAACCUCCGCCCACAGAAUCGUCCAUGGAUUACGUUAUCAGACAGAUCGAAAAAUCUGCGGCCGAUUUGUAGAUAAAUAUUUAUCUCGAUCUUUCUUUCGCUCGCGAAUAUAAAAGUCCGUUCUUAUCAAAGAAGAUAGGCAUUCGAAGCAACAACUUGUAGAAUCUAAAAAAAAGAAUAUUGUCUUUAUUGCAAACGAGUGCGUUGGGUAUAAGAUGCAUCGGAUAUAAUAAUUCUUACUCUUAUAUAUACACGAUCUUGAUAUAAUAAGACUUCGUACUCAUGUAAAAAAAUCAAACGUCGCAGUUUUACAUCUUUUUUUCUUCAUGUAUCAUCUUACAUGCUGCGAAUUACAUAAAUUCGUACUUAAGAGGUAACUUAUACGAUCAAAUUCUUUUAAUUAGUCGUUUUGGAAGACCUCAAUUUUCCCUCUAACAAUAAGUGUCUAAAUGAAAAAUUUGGCUCACCGUAUAGACGCGGCAAGUAAUAAGGCAAUUUAUUUUAGGGGAUUGCGUAAACGUGAUUCGCGAGCGCGACUCAAUGUGAGCCAAUGUAAACGCAAUCGUCGCGCAACGUAUGUGUGUUCAUCGUUACACAUUCAUUAUAUAGUAUAUACUCCAUCAUCGUAAAGCUACGUUUAAGAAGACGCAUUUUUACGUAUAUACAACUCCGUAUCAUGGCACUACGUUACUCAGUAUAAAAUUCGAUACUUCUUCUAUGAAUAAAAUAUAAAAGAGGCAAACUUUCUUUCCAAAAAUGCAUACUUGUGUAACACAUUUUUUGUAUUUGUACAAAGACUAUCAAUCGAUUCUCGGCAACCCGAGCGUCUGCGUGAUCGCGGUUUAAUAGACGCACUUCUUCAUAUUUCUCACUUGUUAUCUCGCUCAAAUAAUAAUAUUAACGGAGAAAAAAGAUAAUAAGAACGCGCGAGAGUGUCAAUGCGCAAAAAAUAUGUUUCGUAUUGCCUUUUUCGCCUCAUUAAUAUUUUUAUUGUUAUAAAACUAUUCUGCCGCACGAAUAAUGUUAUAAAUGUAUGAAAUAUGUGUGAAAAUGCAUUCACAAAUAAAAGAUCAAAUGAAACUUUA